AUGGACGCGGAACGUCAAAUUAUCGCUAUGAAUUGCGUUCCCAGCUGUCAUCGCCAACAAAAUUCCCCCCUAACAUACCCUUGCAGCAACACGAGCAACAACAGCAUAAGUAAUCGCAGUUGCUACUCUCCAAAUGCCAAUGAAGUCACGGAUGCACAGGAUAUUCAUAUGAAUUCUGCUAUUUCAAUGCAAGACCUCUCUGGAAUCUCCGCAAUGAACAAUUUGCUCGUCCAAAAUAACAACCAAUCCCUGAAUGCCCAGAAAAGGAUGAUUAAAGAACAUCCACUCUACCCCCUUCUUGCUGUCUUAUUUCGACAAUGCGAAGCUGGAACUGUUCGACCCUGUUCACCUCCAGCAUUGGAUCUAUUCAAUGAAGAACUGCGGGUAUUUAUCGAUCGAACAACCUCAUCCCUAGUGAAUAAUCAUCCAAUUAAAAGAUCCCAGUCUCCCCAACAGUCUCCACUGAACCAUCUUCAAACUAGCUCUUCGGAUGAUAAAUCAAAAUCCCACAAUGACGAUAUCAAUCGAGAAGUUCCCUUGAAUGUUUUCAUGGCAGAUCCGGAAUUAAAUGAAUUAAUAUUUCUAGCCGUUAAAGUUCUGCGGAUUCAUCUACAGGAGCUUCACAAAGUGAAUGAACUUUCAAAGGAUUUUUGCUCACGAUAUAUCACAAGUUUGAAGACUAAAUUCCAAUCAGAUUUGCUUCAAUUCCAAGAUUCUGAGCCUUCAUCGCCAACCGGAUCGGAAGGAGCAUCACCAUUUGGAACUGGAUGUUAUCCAUCUCGAUUUCCAUUGGGACAUGGGGAGUAUUCCAGAUAUAAUUUGGGAGAUAAUGGGGUUGGGAACGGAGAGGGUGAUACAUAUGGACAGGGGACUACUUUUGGAGAUGCAUCUUGUUCUGAAAAUUCAGAUGCCAGUGGCUAUCCCCCUGGUUACAUGAACGAUUUGAAAAUGAACGACUCCGGAGGCUUUAUAUCACCAGGCGCACCCGGAUCUUCAUAUUUCUCAAAUCGACUAGCGAAUUCCCUCAAUGGAAUGGAUGGAGGCCCUAAUUCUUCGAGGACAAAGAGAGGUGUUCUUCCGAAAAGAGCAACCCAGGUCAUGAAGCAGUGGCUAUUCCAACACCUUGUGGUAAGCUAUCCCAAGUGUCCGCACUAA